AUGUCUUUCACUGGCAAGUAUGAGCUGGAGAGUCAAGAGAAGUAUGAGCAGUUUCUUGAAAUAAUUGGACUUCUCGAUGCCAAAACUGACCUGAAAGUGCAGACGGAAGUGUGUCAGGAAGGGAACGACUUCACGUGGACUCAAAGCCUCCCAGGCUGGACCUGGUCUAAUAAGUUCAGCAUAGGCCAGGACUGUGAGCUGGUGACAAUGACAGGCUCCAAAUUCAAGGCCCCCGUCAUCAUGGAAGAUGGGAAGAUUUCUGUACAAUUUCCACAAUACCACUUCACAGCUGAGAUGGUGAACGACAAGUUGGUGAUGACUUGUAUCACUCCGGGAGAGAAGGGAGUGACUUUCACAAGAGUUAGCAAGAGGAUUUGAUGCUGCAAGACCCAACAUGCUUGGAAGAACAUUAGGCUGCAGAAAGAUGGAAAGUCAGAAGUGGCGUCUUUGACAUACUAAAGUGAGACAAAUAACACAAAACAUCUCUUGAGCUGAAUAACCCUCACUGAAUAAACAAAAAAUCAAUACAAUUAUGAUUUGUCAAGACAUUAUGCGUGUCACUGCUUGUCAUUCAGUAAGUACAUGAGACCAAAGGGACAGACAAUGGCGUCUCAGAAAAACAUUGAACAAUUUAUUCACCUCGAUAGUUAUUUCCCUUUCAGGCAAUACCAAUAUCAUUGUCAGAUUUUUUUGUAGUUAAAGCAUAGAAAACCUGUUUAUGACCUUCUAAAAAUAUAUUUUAUAACAUUAUUAGAGCCUUGUAGUCAUGAAAUAACACCCCUAUAGUCACCUUUAUACUCAUAUCACCUAAUAUAGUC